AUGCUAACGAGAGCCGCUCGUAACUGUUUUCGACAAUACCGUGCGGCUCUUGGUCGUUCGGCGUACUCGACCGAGUGCAAGUCUCACGGUACCCGAAGUGGUAUCGUGCUGGGCGUGUACCAAAAUGGCACGUCAAUGGAGUUCUCAAGAGAAGCGACGGCGUUUAACGAUCGGCUGGGCGGACUCCUGGAAAAGUUGGUCGCGUCCAUUGGGGUAAAACAAGGCGACGCGUUGCUGUUGAACAACCUGGACAAGGAGUACCCAAACCUGGCGGUGGCCAACCUGGGUCCGACCGACGUGGGAAUGGAUGCCAACGAGUACAUGGACCUGGGCAAGGAAAACGUACGUCAAGGAAUUGGCAAGGCCGUUGUACUGGUGACCGACGAGGGCGCCACAAAGGUUUUCGUGGACGGCCUCAAUUGUCCGGAAACGGUGGCCGAGAGUGCGACACUGGCCGCGUGGAAGUUCGAGGGCACAAAGUCAAUGGAAAACCAGACCGCCAACGUGACCGUCGAGGCACUCCACAGAGACGACCGGGAGCUUUUCGAGAGGGGCACCGUGUUCGGGGGUGUACAAAACCUGGCCCGCUUACUCACCGAGAUCCCGGCCAACAUCCUGACGCCCAACAAUUUCGCCGAACAAAUGAUCCGUACGCUGUGUCCGUGCGGCAUCACCGUCGAUAUCCAAGACCGUGACUGGAUUGAAGCGAAGAAGCUGAACGGGCUGCUCGAGGCGUCCAAGGGAUCGUGCGAGCAACCGCUAUUCGCCGUCCUCUGCUACACCGGUGGCAACGAUAGCGAAAAACCGAUAGCGCUCACCGCGCACGCCACCACGUUCGACACGGGCGGCGCGUGUUUGCGCGAAUGCGACGACAUGGCCUACAAGAAGCGACACGUAGCGUCGGCCGCCACCAUCGUCGGCGUGAUGAAGGGCAUAUCGCAACUCAGCCUGCCGAUCAACGUGAACGCGUACAUCCCGCUGUUCGAGAGCUCCACGUCGGGCACGGCCAUGCAUCCCAGCGACGUGUUGCAUGUCCAGGGCGGAAGGUCGGUACACGUUGACCACACGAAAUUCGUGAGUCGACUGGCCAUGGCCGACACACUGGCGUACGCCAGUUCCACCAACCCCCGGCUGGUGGUGCAUGCGUGUACACUCAGUCAAAUCGUGCACAGCGUGUUUGGAGAAUUGGCUGCGCCGUUGUUCACCAACAGCCCCCAGUUGUGGAAGGAGUUGGAGAGGGCGGGCGCGUUGAUGGGCGACAGGACGUGGAUGUUUCCGAGGUACGACCGCAAACGUCAGAUGAUGAUCAACGAUCCGCUGGCCGACGUGGCAGUACUCGGAGAAGGCGGUGUGAUGCUCGACGAUCUGCCAAAAAGCGCAGCGUUCGCCAACGAGUUCAUCGACAACCUGGACUAUGUCCAUCUCGAUGUGGCCGGAGUCAGUAAAAACACCGACGAAGUGACUUACCCGUAUCUGAGGAAAGAGUUUGCUACAGGGCGCAUGACAAGGACCCUGCUGCAGUUUAUCUAUCAGUUGUCUUGUCCCCAUGACCCACCACCACCACCACCGUCGCCAACAAGAAGAUGA